CUGAAAUUCCUCAAACUUCUGAAAUUCCUCAAACCUCUGAAAUGCCUCAAACAUCUGAAAUGCCUCAUACUUCUGAAAUUCCUCAAACUUCUGAAAUUCCUCAAACCUCUGAAAUGCCUCCAACACCGGAAAUGCCACAUACUUCUGAAAUUCCUCAAACUUCUGAAAUUCCUCAAACCUCUGAAAUGCCUCAAACAUCUGAAAUGCCACAUACUUCUGAAAUUCCUCAAGCUUCUGAAAUUCCUCAAACCUCUGAAAUGCCUCCAACACCGGAAAUGCCUCAUACUUCUGAAAUUCCUCAAACCUCUGAAAUGCCUCCAACACCGGAAAUGCCUCAAACAUCUGAAAUGCCUCAUACUUCUGAAAUUCCUCAAACCUCUGAAAUGCCUCAAACAUCUGAAAUGCCUCAUACUUCUGAAAUGCCUCAAAGUUCUGAAAUUCCUCAAACCUCUGAAAUGCCUUAUUCUUCUGAAAUUCCUCAAACGUCUAAAAAUCCUCAAACACCGGAAAUGCCUCAAACCUCUGAAAUGCCUCAAACAUCUGAAAUGCCUCAAACAUCUGAAAUUCCUCAUACUUCUGAAACGCCUCAAACAUCUGAAAUGCCUCAUACUUCUGAAAUGCCUCAAACCUCUGAAAUGCCUCAAACAUCCGAAAUGCCUCAUACUUCUGAAAUGCCUCAAAGUUCUGAAAUUCCUCAAACCUCUGAAAUGCCUCCAACACCGGAAAUGCCUCAUACUUCUGAAAUUCCUCAAACCUCUGAAAUUCCUCAAACAUAUGAAAUUCCUCUAACCUCUGAAAUGCCUCGAACAUCUGAAAUGCCUCAAACACCGGAAAUGCCUCAAACACCGGAAAUGCCUCAUACUUCUGAAAUUCCUCAAACUUCUGAAAUUCCUCAAACAUAUGAAAUUCCUCAAACCUCUGAAAUGCCUCAAACUUCUGAAAUACCUCAAUCACCGGAAAUGCCUCAUACUUCUGAAAUUCCUGAAACAUCUGAAAUGUCUCAUACUUCUGAAAUGCCUCGAACAUCUGAAAUGCCUCAAACCCCGGAAAUGCCUGAAACCUCUGAAAUGCCUCCAACGUCUAAAAUGCCUUGGAUACCUAAAAUGCCUGAAACCUCUGAAAUGCCUCAAACGCCUGAAAAGCCAAAAAUUAUCAGAAAGCCUCAACCACCUGCAAUGUUUCCAACGCCUGAAAAGCCACGAGAUAAGUACUGCUGCACAUAUUACGUCCAUAGAGUCAGACUCUCCAUAAGGAACAAAGUGACCAGCUACAAAAUACAAAAGCCGGAUGGACAUUGCAACAUCCCUGCUGUAAUCUUCAGAGUGGAUCGUGACCAUAAGUUUUAUGCUGACCCCCAAGAAUAUUGGGUCCGUGUUCUCAAGGACAGGGUGGAUGAAAUGUUCCGAGGGUCAAUUAAAGAUAAAACCUGCUGUCUGAGAUAUGUUGAAAGAGUUAGACUGUCGAUUAGAAACAGAGUGACCAGUUACAGAAGACAAGACGUGAACGGAGGCUGCAGAAUCCCAGCUAUUGUAUUCAAAUUGGACAAUGGCCAUGAGUUUUGUGCUGAUCCCUAUGAAAUAUGGGUCGUUGAACUCAUGAUGAGUGUGACCAGACGGCCACAUUCAUCGUAUUACAUGCCUAAAAUUCCUCCAAUGCCCGAAAUGCCUCGAAUGCCCCAAAUGCCUCGGAUGCCCCAAAUGCCUCGGAUGCCCCAAAUGCCUCGAAUGCCUGAAAUGCCUCGAAUGCCUGAAAUGCCUCGAAUGCCUGAAAUGCCUCGGAUGCCAUUUUGAAUGCCUAAAAUGUUUAGGAUGCCCGAAAUGCCUUGGAUGCUCUAAAAUGACUUGAAUGUGUGUAAAGUCUGAAAUGCCUUAAAACACCUGAAAUACCUCAAAUACCUGAAAUGCCUCAAAAACCUGAAAUGCCUCAAAAACCUGAAAUGCUUUGGACACCAGAAAUGCCUCAAAUGCCUUCCCAUGCCUUCCAUGUCUCCAAUAUAUCAAGUUCCUCCAAUGCAUAAAAUGCCUUCCAUACCUUCCAUGCCUCAAAUGCCAC